AUCCGUAUCCCCUGAAAAUAAUAAAGAAAUAGAUUCGGCCGGCGAACCCAGUCCAAAUACCAGUUUGUGACGCACUGAAAAUCGAUUGCAAAGAAGAGAGACGAGACCAAAGAAAAUCAAGAGCAGAACGAACAACAAUACAAAGUACAAUUGGAAAAAUCAUUUGGAACAAUUUCACAAAUAGUUGGCAGGCAGCUGAGCGCUCGUUUGGUCAAAGAAAUGGGAAUUUUCGGGCAAUCGUCGCUGUUUGACGCCGAUGUGGAAAAAGCCACAAGCGAGACAAAUACGAACGACAACUGGUCUCUAAUUCUCGAUGUGUGCGAUAAGGUGUCCACAAAUCCUCGUCUGGCUAAGGAUUGCCUCAAGGCGGUGAUGCGGCGCAUGGGCCACAACGAUCCCCAUGUGGUAAUGCAGGCGAUCACAUUGCUGGACGCCUGCUCCAACAAUUGUGGCAAGCCUUUUCAUCUGGAGGUUGCCUCACGUGACUUCGAAACCGAGUUUCGACGGCUGUUGACCCGGGCAGAGCCAAAGGUGACGCUGAAAAUGCGCCAAGUGCUAAAGAACUGGGCUGAAAAUGAUUACAAGAACGAUCGGGAACUGGAUUUGAUUCCUGCUCUCUACACCAAGCUGCGUCUAGAAGGCUACGACUUUAAGAAUCUUGGCGAAAAGAGUAGCAAAACAGCUGCAGACAAGGCGGCCAAUUUGCCAAAAGACCCCAAUGUCGUGAGCAGCCAGCAAGAGGAGGAUGACAUUGCCAAGGCCAUAGAACUGUCGCUGAAAGAGGGCAAGAGUAGUCCCAAGGCUGUCAGUGGAAGUGCUGCGAGUGCAGGGAACUCUAGUGCCUAUCCAUCGUUGUAUCCGUCGUUCGGAGGGGCCUCCAGCGCCGCAAGCAACGAUGCAAACCCAAACCAAAACCAAGCCCCAGCUCCCGAGCCAAGAAAAGUUCGAGCUCUGUAUGAUUUUGAGGCUGCGGAGGAAAACGAACUCACGUUCUUCGCUGGCGAGAUUAUCCAUGUGUUGGAUGACAGCGACCCCAACUGGUGGAAGGGCUUCAAUCAACGAGGAGAGGGACUCUUCCCCUCGAAUUUCGUCACUGCCGAUUUAUCUGUGGAUCCCGAGCGCCUGGACAUCAAUCAGCAGCACAAGACAGGAGCUGCCCAGAAGGAUGUGGACUCCGCAACGACUUUGCAGCAAAAGACUGAUGCCACAGCUGCAGCCGCAGCAGCAGCUGCUGCCUCUGCUCAGCCCGUGGAGAUCGACGAAGCUAAGAUUGAUCGUCUUUUGCAUCUACUCCACGAGGCAAAUCCCGAAGAUCCCUCGCAGGAUAGCGACGAAAUGCUCCGGCUAGAGCAGGAGGUUCAUCAAAUGGGUCCUCUGAUUGACGCCGAACUAGAGCGAGUGGAUCGUAAGCACGCCCAAUUGACGCAGUUGUCAAGUGAUCUUGUCGAUGCCAUAAAUCUCUAUCAUGGUCUGAUGAGGGAUGAUCGGGCCGUCGCGGGACAGUUUGCUGCAGCAGCUGGAGGCUUCAUGCCGGGCCUAGCCGGCUUUCCGGGAGCCGCUCUGUACGGAGCGCCAGGCUAUCCCGGUGCGGGUGGCUUUCCCCCGCACCAAAGCUAUCCAGGAAUGCACUCGCUCCCUUAUGCCCCCGUACCCAACGUCCCAACAAAUGUUCCGCCCCCGACAACAGCUCCGGCUGGUUACCUGGAACAGAGUCAGGUGCCGCUGACUUUUCAGAAUGGACACGCAGCGCAGAUGACCUCGCUACCCCCCCAUCUGCCACAGCUAAACCCUGCUGCACCUGCACCCCAGCCCCUCUAUAAUGCCCAGCCAGCACCCGUGUCCACCCACCAGCAGCAGCAAGCAGCGCCACUACAGCAGCAUCAGCCAGGCUACAAUACAAUACAAGACCAGCAGCAGCAGUUUGCCCAAGCUCCGCCCGCAGUUACACAGAUCCAGCAACAGCAAUCACAACCGCCCCCUCAUGCUUACAUGCAGCCGGGGCCGCCGCAGGGAUAUCAGCCCGGACCAACACCACAGCAGCCCCAACCGCAUCUGUAUGCACCGAAUGGUUCUCCGGCAGUCACCCAACAGAGCUACGUGCCACAGCAGCAGCAGCAUCAGCAUCAGCUCACGCCACACGAUCAAUUUAGUCAGGUGCAUCAGCAAACGGCCAUCAUGGGCAUGGCGACACAGCCCGCAGCUGCGCCUGGCUAUCACAUGCAGAACGAUGCCGUCAAGAACAACAUUCCCAUCUACCAGCAGCAGUGGUAAAACCAACCAAGCCCCAAUCAAAUUGAAUCCUUCUAUUGGUUUGCUUUAAUUUGCCCAAAAACGAACUAAUUUGUAUCCUGUGAUCACGACCGAUCAGUUGAAAAGAAACAAAUUCUGAAAGUAUAACUUGAUAACUUCAUAGAGAACAGAUGUGGUCGAAUCUCUGUUACGUACAUAUGUGCUCAUAGAUCCUCCAGACAAGCAAAGAUACAAUCUGAUAACUGAUAACCAAAAUUCCGCCGGCUCUGUCAAGAAUUUAAGCUGAAAUAUGUCCUCUAAAUUAACUCUUCAGAUACGCCAAAAUAAUUUAUAAAAUGUUCCUUUA